AUGACGGAGGAUCUUCGAGUCGAGCUGGCGCCGGUGAGUGAGAUGGCCGCGAGCCUGCGUGCCGCGGUCCAACACGAGGUCGGCGGCGCCCUCCUCCGCGGCCUCGACGUCGAGGGCUAUGGCGGCUACGAGCAGCUGGAGUUGACUACCGCUCGCAUGAAGCUCGCCUACUACAUCCUCUGCAGCAUGAUUGGGCAGGUGGACGGCGGCGCCCGCGGGCGCCUUUUCGACGUGAAGGAUUCGGGGAAGAGCACCGACUGCGACAACGUCCUCUUCUCUGUGAGCAACACCGAGUCCGGCUGGCACACAGAUGGCACCUCGCGCAACCGCGUUUACGACGUGGUGGCGCUUAUGUGCAUCGUGCCAGCGGCCAGCGGGGGGCUGCUGCGCCUCAGCAACGGUUGCAAUGCCUUCGAGACAUUGAAACAACGCAUCCCAAAGUUCUUGCUCUACGAGCUGCUGCGUCCGAUCCCCCGCGACGUGAUGGAGAACGGUAACGGCAAGGGCCACACAGACCUGCUCACGACCAUGGUGCGAUCGCCAGAGCUGCUGCGCCUGCGCGCGAGGAUGAACGGGAUUCGUGUUUUGUUUUUCCUCUGA